CUUCGCUUGCAUCCCUGUAAAUUUCUAAGCCCUAAUUCGUGUGUUUUGUUUUUGAUGGUUGCGAAGUGAUUAAUUUUUCGUUUUUUUAGAGUAGUGGCUUUAAGGAUUUUUCAAGGAAUCCCCCUUUCACACAAGUGACGUCAGUUGCAAGGCUUCAAGAUGAAUUACGGCAGGAAAACGCCCACCACAUACCGCUCGAAUCCGUCGGUUUAUUCCCAUGCUACGGGAAGAUCCUCGACAAAUUUGCACUCAAAAAUGUCCCGAUCCACGAGGUCCGUAAGGAUUCCCUGGUACCAGCGACCCCUGCUCAAAAACAACCAGUAUAUCGACAUCCAGAAGGGUGCUAUGCUCAUCGGAUUAUUUGCCAUAUUCCUCUCCUUGUUCACGAUUGGUACAAGCAUAUUCGACAUCUAUUGCUAUGCGAUGGCCGCGCCAGGAUCCACACAUUAUGGCUACUAUAUCAUAUCCUACGAGUUCGUUUAUGUGGGCAACAAGCAUGUUCGCAACAUGCUGAUUGUCUUUGCUUUAUUCUCGCUUAUCAUGGCACUGAUAAACCUUGUGACCAGCAUUCUUCUCUGCGUUGCUCUGCGCAAGGAAUAUGAACGAAAAGUUUUGCCCUGGCUAUGGACCUUUGCUGUUUUCACUGUUUGGCGGGCUUUGGCGCUGAUUUUCUUCGCCAUUGUCAACGAUCUUUACUUUGCCUACAAUGUGAUUAUGGUACUGCUAUGGUCCGUUUUCUGCCUGGUAUCCAUUUAUGGCUGGGCCGUGGUGUACUCUCUGUUCCUGGAGCUGGUGGACUUGACCAAACUGGAGGAUCUGGCCCAUUUACGCAUGGGUACAAUGGCCUCGCUGCACGCUUCCACCGCCAAUUCACUGGCUGGAUCCCGACCAACCACUCCUCAUAGUACCGUGUCCACCAUGCCUGUGGGCUAAAUGAAGUAUUUUCCAUCCAUCUAUGUGGCUCACAACGAAACUGCACAAUCUAGACCGUCCGAAAGCAGCACAAGGCAACCCCGAUGCUUCGCACUCAAACAUUUCUUAAACUAUAUUGUACAUUCCAUCCACCAGUUCAGUGCCUUAGAGAUGCGCCUCUCAAAUACCACAAAUUUUACACACGAAUCUGCGUAAUUAGUUUUAAGUCGUAUUCCGUCCAAUCGCAUAUGAUUUUUGUAUACUGUUAAAGAAUCUCUGUCUUUAUGUAUGUCAACAUAUCGUGUUUUUAUAUGCAUAUAUAGAUGUACAACCCGAAUUGUAGCUAUGUAUCUAAAAUUUUAAGAGACAAGCAAUAUACAAAAUACAAAACCUAAAAUAUGA